AUGAAGUUAAUAUCUGCAUCACAAUUAGCCAUUUCCCUCGCUUGGAUAUCUUGUGCUUCAAGUUUAGUCAUCCCCGAUUAUAAUGAUUUAAUAAUUAGCGCUGAAUCCACAAAAUCAUCAUUAUCAUCAUCAUUAUUAUUAUUGAAUCAAAGACAACAAUCACUUUCUUACUAUGAAAUCUUGAGCAAUUAUUUACCAAGUUUUCUUUUCCAAUCAAAAGAUGAAGGUGAUGAAGAAAUAUCAUUCCAAGGUAUUCUUAAUAAUAUUGGAGGUAUAAGUUCAACAUUAUCAGAAACUGAAGUCAGUAAAGGUGCUGUUAUUGCUUCUCCUUCAAAAUCAAAACCAGAUUAUUUUUAUCAAUGGACAAGAGAUGCUGCUUUAACCAUUAAAUCUUUAAUUCAUUAUCUUGAUGAUGAACAAUUUAAUUCCAAUGAUGAAUCAACUUAUUCAAUUAAAUCAAUUAUAGAAAGUUAUAUUGAAAAUAAUUAUUACAUUCAAAGAUUAGAUAACUUGUCAGGAAAGUUUAAUGAUGAUUCAAAAUCUGGUUUAGGAGAACCAAAAUUUUAUCCAAAUAAUAAACCAUUUGAAAGAAAUUGGGGUAGACCACAAAGAGAUGGUCCAGGUUUAAGAGCUAUCACUAUAAUGAGUUAUAUUUCUGCUUUAAAUAAAUAUAGCCAACCAUUUUCAAAUCAAUUUUUAAAUAAUCAAACAUUUGUUUAUGAGGAAAUUAUUAAACCAGAUUUAAUUUAUAUCAUUAAAAAUUGGUAUAAGGAAGGAUUUGAUUUAUGGGAAGAAAUUAAUAGUCAUCAUUUCUAUACUUCAAUUACUCAAUUAAGUGCUUUGAAGUCUGCUAUUAAUUUUAUUGAAUUAAACAAUUAUCCUGAAUCUAGUGAAUUUUUAAAUCAAUUAAAUGAAACUUAUAGAAAUUUAAAACAAUUUAUUUUAUUUGAUUCAGGUUAUAAAUCAAAUACUUUACCUUAUAUUGUUGAAACUCCUUCAUUAUUGAAAUCCGGUAAACGUUGUGGUCUAGAUGCUGGAACUUUAUUAGGUGUUUUACAUGCUCAUAAUCUUGAAUUUGGUGAUUAUGAUGAUAUUCCAUUUGAUAUUGAUAGUUCAUAUUUAAUUAAUACUCUUAGUGCUAUGAUUGCUGAUAUGAAAUAUAGAUAUCCAAUUAAUCAUUCAAAAAUUGGAUUUGAUAAGGCUAUUGGAGUUGCAUUAGGUAGAUAUCCUGAAGAUAUUUAUGAUGGUUAUGAUACUUCUGAAGGUAAUCCUUGGUUUAUUUCAACCGCUUCUGGUUCAGAAAUUAUCUAUAAAUUUAUUCAUAAAUUGAUUUCAAAUAAGCAAGAUAUUAUUAUUAAUCAACAAAAUAGAGAAUUCUUUAGACAAUUUAUUGAUUUUGAUAAGGUUCCAGCUCAAGAUUUAGUAACUUUUAUUAAAGAAGAUUCCAAUACAAAUACUGAUGUAAUAAUUAGAUUUGGAUCUCCAACAUAUAAAACCUUAUCAUAUAAUUUAUCAUCAUUUUCUGAUUCAUUUUUAGAAAUUGUUAAAGAUCAUGUUGAUAACAAUGGUAGUAUGUCUGAACAAUUUAAUAAAUAUCAUGGUUUUAUGCAAGGAGCAAGAGAUUUAACUUGGAGUUAUAGUGCAGUUUGGAAUGCAUUUAGAUGGAGAGAAAAGACUUUACAACUUUUAGAUUCAACUUUUUAA